UCUUAACUGGAACUGUUCGGAGAGUUCUGUUUUGAAACAAGUUUGUUUUGGUUAGGAAGUAAAUAAAUAAAAUGGAGUGAAAAUAAAAAUUUAGUAAAUUCAUUAAAGUGAACUGAUCUUAAAAUUUCAAAAGUUUUAUAAUUUUCCUAUCAGAUUUAAAACUAUAUUAAUAUUUUGUUCUAUUGUUCCACCCUAUAUUACGUCAUUUGUAUGUACGUCUACCACAUUAAUUAUGACUCAUUUCUAUACAAGAUGGCCUUCUUAGUAACUUUUGUGCUAGUGUUUUUGGCUAUUUUUAAUAGCUAUCCAGUGAAUGGAAAUGAUAUUGUUUUUCAGAAGUAUUGUCUCAAUGGCUCUGAUCCAGAAACUCUGCCCAUCCAUGGUGAGCAUUCAUCAGGCUCCCUUGUUAUGAGUUCUAACCCUGAAGGUAGUCCAUGGUAUUCACCAAAUAUGAAUUGUUCUGUAACUUUUUCAACAGAAAGCAAUUACCAUAUUUUAUUAACUUUCUCCAAAGUCAGUUUGAGAAAUUCCAGUAUGGAUAAUCUCACAGUAGUUUUCAAUAGUGGGGUCUCAGAUCAAGUUCUUUUUGGGCAGCAAGUUUGCUCAAAUGAAAAUUGUGAAGGUCUGAAAUUUGAGUCUGGAAAUUUCAACAAUAUGACUCUCAAGUUCAUCAGUGCAAAUGUGACUGUACCUCUGAAUGUGACAGGAUUCAUAGCUCAUUAUACUGUUUUUGACCUUGCUAAUAAAAGAACUGGAGCCUGUAAGGGUAGAGAAAGAUUUUUAUGUGAAAAUCAGCACUGUAUUUGGUAUUCAUUGACUUGUGAUGGUCACAAUGAUUGUGGAGACUUAUCAGAUGAAACAAAAUGUAUAAUUCCUACAAAAAAUGUAGUUUGGGGUAUUGUUGUUAUUUUUAUUGCAAUAGUUGCUGUUUUGGUAUUUGUACCAGUGUUUUGCUAUUUGGCGACUGCUGGAACUCGCAAUAUUGUAAAAAUUGUAACAGUGCCAAAUCAGGCGACUCCUCUUUUAAGUGCUGCUGAUGCUGGGGAAGCAACUGGUCUUUUAACAUCAUCUGAAGCAUUCAGUCAGUGUUGGCCGGGAUCUUCUUAUGACUCAAAUUAUGGUGCAGCUCCAGCAGCUGGACCUUCUAAAAGUUUAGAUAGUGUUACAAAGACUGCUAGAUCUACAUCUUCUGAUGGUGACAAGCAAAAUAGGUUUCUAUGAUUUAAAUGUUUUUAAAGGCUUGGUGAUAUAUUUUUUAUACAUUUUCGAAGACCUUAACACUAAAAUUUACAUGAUAUGACUGUGUUUUGUGUAAUUUUAAACUUUCAAAUCAUUCCUCUUCUUUACAAAAGACUAAAGUUUUGUAUACUUGUUAUAAAAUAUAAAUAUAUAUCACUUGUUCUCAAAUUUA